AUGUUUUGGACAAGACAGCCGGUUGAUGGAAACCAAGCUAACGGAGGAAACGAGAAGUGCCUUAAACUUUUGGGGAAGGUAAUUUUACCGUUAGCACUUUUUGCUGGUUUCUUGAUCCAUCUUGCCUUGACAUGUGGAGAGUAUCGGGCUUUCCCAAGAGAGAACUGCAUUAGGUUUCAACCCAACGGAAUUGAAGAGGUAAACACCCAGCUUGGUGCCUUGCCCACAUCGUCACUCGCUGGCCAGAGAUCAGCCGAUUCCAGGAGUCACAUCAGUGAGCUGAUGGGUAACUGGAGCGAGUCUAAUACGUCCCACGCCUUGGCGUCUUCUGUAUUCACUCCCGUCGAAGUUGGUGGUGGGAAAGAAGUGGAAUUGAAGAGCCGGACCGAGAGACAAGAUCAGGCGGUCGGAGACGGGGCGAAUCAGGGUGAAACCUUAGUGGAUUGCAUGCGACUCUGGGAGAAGUACAAGAAACAACACUUCCGGUGCUUUCUAUUUCUUGGAGCGCUACUUGUUUACACUCCAUGGCUCUUCAAUAGUGCCCUCUAUGUCCCCUUGAUCGCUGGUUUCUAUCUCUUGGGAACUGUGGCCUUCUUUUUUGCCUUCUUGAUCUUGGAUUUACGCGAUCAUUUGAUGUUCCUGAACGAGUGGUUUGUUCUUUAUGCUUGUGCAGCGGCCCUUGGUUGUUUUAUUGUAGCAACCGGCACAACCGUCAUUGAGUUGCAAGCUUACCCUUUGGAUCAGGCUCAGCACGAACCAGCGAAUAUUGUAUGA